AUGAUGGGAGACGGUGAAAGUUCUAUGGAGGAGACAGUGAGGAAGGGCAUCAAAGAUGCUGAGGGUGUAACAGCCAAGGAUCCUGACCCAUAUGCUCCUUGGCUCCCAGGGGAGCCCUUCCAGCCUUCCAACAGCAGCUGGCCCCCAUGCCAGGAUGGUUGUCACACUGAGGCCACUGCAGCUGCAAACCUCGCCUUCUCCUACUGCCAGCACUCCUCCCCAGGGGCGGCCAUGCUCACUGUGGCCUCUGGGCUCAUCUUCCUCUUCUGCAUGGUGGGCAAUGUCCUGGUUGGCUUCAUUGUGCUCAAGAACCAACACAUGAGCACUGUCACCAACAAGUUCAUCCUCGACCUGGCCAGCAGCGACCUGCUGGUGGGCAUCUCCUGCAUUUCUACCACCCUUGUGGACAACCUCAUCACUGCUGAGAUGGGUCUCCUGAAGAAGCUGCCAGCCACGCUGUGCUAUUCCAGAGACCAGGAGCUGACACCUCACAAAGUCCCUCGCCUUGCGCACCCUUUCCACAAGAAGCUGACCCUGUGGAAGGCGCUCGUCACCCUCGUAGUCAUCCGGGCCCUGGCCCUGCUCGUCACGUGCCCUCAGCUGUCACAGUGA